UUCAUUGGUCAAAAAUUGCAGGUUGCUCCUCAUAAAAAACAUGGCUGCCUUUACAUCAAGAGUUUAUGGAAAUACGACAACACUUCUUAAUGCGUGUGUAGAUUCUGUUGUAAGUCACUUAAAUGUGAAUGAGAAUGGAAUUCAAGAUUUACCACCAAAUUUAAAAGAUAAAUGUCUGUACUUGAUGACAAAAAGAGGAUUUAUCACAGAUUCUAACAUCAAAAAGUUUUUACAUGACAAGAUAUCAGUGUUAGAUUUGAGUGAGUGUACAAUAUCAGAUGUAGGAUUAGGACACAUCAGUAAAUGCUCAAACUUGAGAAAGAUUGAUAUCAACUCUGCAAAAGAAUCAAGGACAGAAAUAUCUUCAGAAGGAAUUAAGAAGUUACUGUCUGCAUGUCCACAUUUACAGACAGUGUAUCUCAGAAGAUGUUUAAACCUUACAGAUGAUGCUAUUAUAUCUCUGUCACAACAUUGCAAUCAACUACGCUAUUUAAACAUUGGAGGAUGUCGUAACAUCACAGACAAAGCAAUGGAAGCACUAGGACAGAAUUCAAAAUUCUUGAGAAGUAUCAAUUUUUCUAAAACAAAGGUCACAACAGAAGGAGUGGUUAGUUUAGUAAUGGGAAACUGUGGUAAAAGUCUCAAGGAAAUUCACAUGGAUGGUUGUCAUGAAUUGACCGAUGAAGCAGUUGAAGCAGCUUUACAAUUCUGUCCAAAUCUCUCCAUUCUGUUGUUCCAUGGUUGUCCAAAAAUAACAGAUAAAUCGAGAGAGGCAUUAGAACAGAAGUCAAUGGAAGGAGGAACACCUAUGAGACAAGUUACAUGGACUAUUUAUUGAAUCUUUGUAUACUUCUUGUUUUCAAGUAAAUUUGAUUGUUCUGUGUUAAAAUAUUCAUUUUCAGGUUAUAUUAAUUGUCACAUGUUUCAUAUUAUCUUCAGACCUGAAACUACCCAAUAAGUUAUGAAUAAGUUUAUACAAAGGGUCAUUAUUUGAAGAUUUGGAUAUAACUGUUUAUUUUUUAUUAAGGAUUGUUUUAGUCAUUAAGAAUAUAAUUGGUUACUCUGGGGUUUCAAUUUAAUUCCUAUGUAAUACUGGUUUUUUUUAAUUUUUUUUAUAUACUGUACAUGUAUAUUGUAAAUAUUGAAAUGUAUAAAUUAAUGAUAUGUUAAAAAAUACAUCAUUCCAUGUGUAAUCUAAAAUAAAAUGUUGGGUAAUAUUUAAUCUCUCAAAUAAGAGGGCUUUAUUGUAUAUACAGUAUGACAGUGAUUAACAUUGUUAACUUUUUGAAUUAUAAAAAAACAGGGCAUUCCAAUUGUAGUGACAAAAGUGUUCUUCUAUUUUUAUUAUUAAGUUUUCCAAAAUGUGUAAUAAGGCAAAAAAAGAAAUGUGUAAUAAGGCCAGGUCUUUUUGUUUUAUUUCUUUUUUUUGUCAAAAUUUCAAAACAAAUCAACCAUGCAGUAUUACUAUCUCUUAAAACGUUAACUGCUGAAUUUUACGAGGUGCAAUCUUGUUAAAAUUGCUUAAAAUUAUUCUUUUAAGGCGACGGUUUACCCUUAAAUCAACACAUUUUAAUAAAAAUCCCUCAAGUAAACAAAAAGUAAAUGUAUAAAUGUACAAUGUUUAAAAUGUUUAUGUUAAAUGCAGAAAUGUUGUAAGUUUUCUGUCAGUAGUCACCUCUUUAAUUCUCCAGAACUCAAGAGUUUUAUGUCAAAUGCAAUGAUAAAUGAUUCAAUGAUGCUUUAAAUUUUUUUGUGGCCAAAGUUAAGUGUAGGCUUUUCCCUAUUAUACUGCAUGGUAUUUAGAUAUUAAAAACAUGAAGAAAUUAAAAGGUCUGACUAUCAAGUAUGUAUAUAAAAACUGAAUAUCUAAUAAUUAUGAAUGUUAUGUAAAUAUUUGUGUGAUUUGUAAUUUGUUUUUUAAUGGUAUUGGGCAUGACUGCCAUCAUUGGAUACAAAAAUUACUGGUUGGCAAAUGUAUAACCAGGUUUUAGGCCUAAAAUUAAGACAGAAAUUAUAAAUUCAGAUGUUCACCUAUCAAUUAAUGCAUCUGUAGUAACGAAUAAUAUAACAAUAGGAAAACUUCCACAUUUUUUAACUAGAUUUAAUUCAUAGAUAUUGUUUCAGAAAAAUAGUGACAACCUAAUAUUAUCCCAAAAAAUACAUAUAGAUGCUUAAAUAAGAGAUGAUGUUCAAUAUUAACUUUUCAAUCUAUGUUCUCUUAAAACCCACAAAUUGUUGUUGAAGUGAUUGACUGUGAUAUUGUAAAAAUGUAUAUUUGUUGAUUGUUUACAUUUGUUAUUAUAUAUUCCUUGCAAGUUUUUAUCAUAUCUAUUAAAGAGAGAGACUCGUUUAACAAUUGUCUUUUUAUUUGUGUUAUGAAAGGUUUUUUUUUUAUAAUAAAUACUAGGGAUUACAAUUUUUAAUUUUCAACAAUUCAACAUUGAAAUUUUUUUGAAAUAAAUUGUGAGGAUGAUCCUU